UACUUAAUGGGCGUGUCCCAAUUUUGCGCUUCUUUUCAACUGUCAAAACAUUCGUAUUUCAUUACUAGCUCAUAGCCCUAUAAAUACCACCAAAACAUGAUCAAACUCUUAACAACGACUGAAAAUAUAAAUAAUUACAAACCUUAUAAUAAUGGCUCGUAGUUCUGCAAUUUUGGCUGUUACAAUAAUCUUUUGCAUUUUGGCUGGUCCUGUUGCCAGCUUCACAGCUUCUGAUUACAAAGAUGCAAUUAGCAAAGCUAUCUUAUUUUUCGAAGGACAACGUUCAGGAAAAUUGCCAGUUUCUCAAAGAGCCAAAUGGAGAGGAGAUUCUGCACUCACCGACGGCAAGAUUGAACAUGUGAAUUUGAUUGGAGGCUACUAUGAUGCUGGCGACAAUGUGAAAUUUGGAUGGCCUAUGGCAUUUUCUUUAACAUUAUUGAGUUGGGCUGCGGUUGAGCAUCCAACAGAAAUCUCUUCAGCAAAUCAACUUCUCCACCUCCAACGUGCAAUUCGGUGGGGCACAAAUUUCCUAAUCCGAGCUCAUACUUCAAGUACCACUCUUUAUACUCAG